ACUGCCGCUUUAUCAUUUUCAUUUUCAUUUUCGGAAGGCGUUUUUACCUUUCCUCCGAGUAGCCGCUGCCGCCGCCGCUGACAGGGUAGAACCACCGCAUCCGCGAUGUUGUCGUGGAUCCUCCGUGGCUGCCGCGACGAGUGCUCCGCCACUGACCAGCUCAAGCAGGCUCGUGAUGUCUUUGUGGCAAAAGAGGCAGUCUUGCAAAAGAAGAUAUCACAAGAGAUGGAACGUGCCAAGUUGUUCACAAAAUCAGGAAACAAGCAAGCAGCAAUGCAGUGCUUGAAGAGGAAAAGGUACUACGAGAGCCAAAUGAACCAGGUUGGAAGUGUCCGGUUACGCAUUGAUACCAAGGAAAAGAUGAUCGCUGAUAACAUGGUGAACAAAUAAGACAAGUGAGACCAUAGCUCUGCACUAUAUCUCUUUCCAUAAAAUAUUUUUGCCUUGCUCAGAUACGUAAUCUUGUGAAAAGAGCAUUGUUGUUGUCAUCAGAGUAACAUUAUGAUUCUCUAUAAUGUACAUAACACUAACGGGCCAUUUCUUAGUGUAAGAGAUUAUUGAAUUAGAUCUUGAAGAGUGCGUAAUGUCACAAAUUAGAUAA